AGCCAGCCCUCGCGUGGUUGUGUAUGUGUGCCCUUUCUCUUUGCGAGGCCGCUAUGUGGCCGCUGCUUUCCCUCACGAAUACUUAAUUACUUACCUUCUUCUUCUAUAUAUCUUGUUGUACGUGUGACAUUUGUGCAGUAAAUUGAGCUGGGAAAGAAAGCAUUUAAAAUCCACCCCCUUCCAUUUCAUCUCUCUCUCUCUCUCUCCUCGCUGCUUCCAUCACCUCAGACCCUUCCUCUUUAUACAGCCUGCAACCCGCCAAAAGAAAGAUAUACUAAAAUACUAGGUAGAGAGAGAGAGAGAGAGAAAGAGAAGGGCAGAGCAGACAAGAUGGCUACCACGCCUGGAUUCCUCACUGAUUGGCCUUGGAAGUCUCUUGGUUGCUUUAAGCAUGUGUUACUGGCACCGUGGGCGAUCCCGAAGACGUACGAGUUCAUAACGGGGAACGGAGGCGGAGAGAGGGAUCUCUCCACCUUCCUCAUCUUCCCGUUUUUGAUAUGGAGGAUGAUCCACAACCAGUUGUGGAUCAGCUUCUCCCGCUACCGCACCGCCAAGGGCACCACCCGCAUCGUCGACAGAGGGAUCGAGUUUGACCAGGUUGACCGCGAGGCCGGAUGGGAUGACCAGAUCGUGUUCAACGGGCUGCUGUUCUACAUCGGCGCGAUGUCGCUGACCGGCGCGACGCACCUGCCGCUGUGGAGGCUGGACGGCGUGGUGAUCACCGUGCUCCUGCACGCCGGCCCCGUCGAGUUUCUGUACUACUGGCUGCACAGGGCGCUGCACCACCACUUCCUCUACUCUCGCUACCAUUCUCACCACCACUCCUCCAUCGCCACCGAGCCAAUCACCUCCGUGAUCCACCCAUUCGCGGAGCACAUCGCCUAUUUCACCCUCUUCGCCAUCCCAAUGCUGACGACGAUCCUGACCGGAACCGCGUCCAUCGUCUCCUUCGCCGGCUACAUCACCUACAUCGACCUGAUGAACAACAUGGGCCACUGCAACUUCGAGCUCGUCCCGGCUUCUCUCUUCUCCGCCUUCCCGCCGCUGAAGCUCCUCCUCUACACGCCGACGUACCACUCCCUCCACCACACCCAGUUCCGCACCAACUACUCCCUCUUCAUGCCGCUCUACGACCACCUCUACGCCACCGCCGAUGAGUCCACCGACGACCUCCACGAGAGGUCGCUCAACCGAGGCGACGAGUCCCCCGACGUCGUCCACCUCACCCACCUCACCACUCCCGAGUCCGUCUACCGCCUCCGCCUCGGCUUCGCCUACCUUGCCGCCUCUCCCGACGCCGCCGACGGCCGACUCCGGCUGCUGCACCGGCUGCUCUGGCCCGUCACGCUCUGGACCAUGGGCUUGACGUGGCUCUAUGGGCGGGCCGCUUUUGUGCUGGAGAGGCACCGGUUCGGUGACGUCAGGCUCCAGACCUGGGCCCUUCCCAAGUACAGGAUCCAGGUUCGUUACGCGAUGCAGUGGCAGAAAGAGGCGAUCAAUUCGCUGAUAGAGGACGCGAUUGUGGAAGCUGAGGGGAAAGGCGUCAAGGUGUUGACUUUGGGGCUAUUGAAUCAGGGGGAGGAAUUGAAUGGGUACGGGGAGAUUUACGUGAGGAAGAAUCCAGGGCUGAGAACUAAGCUGGUGGACGGCAGCAGCCUGGCUGUGGCUGUUGUCCUAAACUCCAUCCCGAAAGGCACAACACAGGUUGCAAUUAGGGGCACCCCUGCCCUCUUUAAGGUUGCUUCUGCUCUUGCACAGUCUUUGUGCCAACGUGGCCUGCAGGUUGUUGUCCCGACAAAGAAAGAAUACGAUAGGCUGCGACAGUCUUUCGGCACCACUUCCCACGCUAAUCUGCUUCUCUCCAAAGCUCACUCUACCAAGGUUUGGCUAGUGGGGGAGGGAUUAAGUGAAGAGGAGCAGAAGCAGGCGGGGAAAGGAACGCUGUUCAUUCCUUUCUCUCAGUUCCCACCAAAGAAGCUGCGAGAGGACUGCUUUUACCACACCACGCCGGCCCUGACCGCGCCCAAGUCCCUCGAGAACGUGGAUUCUUGCGAGAAUUGGCUGGGAAGAAGAGUGAUGAGUGCAUGGCGGGUAGCGGGGCUGGUUCACGCGUUGGAGAAGUGGGAGGAGCACGAGUGCGGCGACCGGAUGUUGGACGUGGACAAAGUUUGGGAAGCAGCUCUGCGCCAUGGCUUUCGUCCUCUCCAUAGUUCUCCUCCUUCUCCCGUUGUAGCAUAUAAUUAGCCAUACUACGUAUUUUAUGCUAUAAAUUACGUACACAUAUAUGGUCAAGGAUUAUGAUGAUGAUUUGGGCGGAUAUCACUUGUUGCACUUCCUGCAAAAUGCCCUUUUAGUAAUGUAUCUAUUUAUACAUUGUGUAGUAAUCAAGAACAAUUAUUAUCGAUGUUUAAUAAUAAUAAUAAAUUAAUUAUCGUAUUUUUAGAAUGUCUCGUAGAUAGGUUGGUUGCUUGUAUAAGCCAUGAGGAAUUAGGGAU